AUGGUUAAUUUCGAUUAACUCUUAGAGGAAUCAUUAAAAAUGGGUUCAUUUUAGAAAAAAUCUCUAUUAGUUGUUUCAUUAAUAGAUUUCUCAGAUGGAGUUGAAAAGACUAUUAUUGGUAUUAUGUUAACCAUAUUAUCACAUGAAUGGAAAUUGGAUUAAAGUGAAGUGUCCAAUUUGGCAAGCAUUUAUUUUAUUGGAAUAGUAGGUGGUACUAUGUUUUGUGCAUUCAAUACUGAUACAAUAGGAAGAUAGAGAACAUUAAUGUUAAGUAGUAUGAUUGGUUUCGUUUGUAUGUUAUGGAUGAGUUUAGCAUAAACAUAUUUAGAAAUGUUCUUAUUACGUUUAGGAUUUGGUUUUAUUUUUGGAACUACAAUACCUUUGGGACACAUUGUUAUAACUGAGAUAAUCCCAGCAAAUAUAAGGGGAUCAGUUAUGACAUUUGUGGCAUCUGUAUUCAUAGUAGGUAAGAUAUAUUGUACAUUUUUAUGUAUGGCUUUAUUGUAAGGAUUUGAUGAAGGACAUUGGAGAAUUUUAGUGGCAUUAAAUUCUUUACCAUUACUAUUAUGCUGUAUAGGAUCUGUUAUAUAUUUGAGAGAGUCACCUAGAUAUUAUUUAGUUAAAUAAUAAUAUCAAUAAGCAUUUGAAGAAAUAGAGUUGAUUGCUUUAUAAAAUAAUUCUUAAAACUUUUAAUUAACAAAUAAUAUUAAAGAAGGCUUAAUUGAAAAUUCAUAAUAAAUAAUAAGAUCGGAGACUAAUUUUAAAUAACUAUUUAAAGGUAAAUAUGAAGGAUUCACACUUAGAAUGUGGAUAGUUUUUAUAUUAACUUCCUUUAUAGAAUGUUCUCUAUAUAUUUUAAUGCCUUUUUGGUUACAUCAACAUAAUAAAGGAUUUGAAAUCAUAUUAUUUAUGAUGAUAUCUGAACUGAUUGCUAAUAUGUGUAUCUACAAAGUUAUAGAUAGUAAACUAUUUGGAGGUAGAUAGAAACUUGUUAUUUAUAUAGCAUUGAUAAUUGGUGUAAUUUCAUUGAUUACUUAUAUAUAAGGAGAGGAAUUAUUAGUUUUUGGUAUGACAACAAUUUCAUUUUUUUUAAAGAUGAUGUUUACAACUGAGAUGGUUAUAAUGAAUGAGAAUUAUACAACAUAAUUUAGAUCAAUGGGAGUAGGAUUAACUUAAACAGUUGGUAAAUUUACAGGAGCAAUAAUUCCAUUUAUUAUAUUUCCAAUAUUCGAAAUAGAUCCAUUCUUACCAUUCCUACUAUAUUUUAUUUGCAUGUUAAUUUAAGCUAUUUUUGCCUUCUAAUUUCCUUUUGAUAUGACGCAAGUAGAAUUAGACUGUGUUAAAGUAUUUUCUUGA